CGCGCUGCGCUCCACCUACCUACAAAAACCUUUCGCGCAUCGUUGAACAUCAUCCGUGUCCUCUCCCCAGUCAGAAUUGUUCGAAGACGACAGGAACUCACAAUCGAAAAACAUCAUUUUCUCUUUUGUCGCCCACUAUGAGGAACGCAAAGGCUAAAGGCCGCACCAGCGCUUCAGAUCGCGGGGGCAUCCGCAAGCGGGGUGCUGCGAAGAAAGUCGACCGGGAAGGCGACUUGGUUAUGGAUGGGAACACGUCUCAGUCCCGUGCAAAGAAAGGUCGUGGUGAUUCUGGUCGGUCCGGUGCUUCUUCUGGAACACGGUCUCAGACAUCCGGCAGAGCUUUGGACGCCAUCCAAAAGGCUAUCUCCAGCAACUCUGACUCGCCACAAGCAAACAUCCGUCAAGGUAGCCGGGCCAGCAAUCUGGAACAAGUCAGCGUCCGCGGCUGGAAAGAUCAGAAAUGCAAGGCCCGAUCGAAUCCCGACGGCGGCCAAGAAAGCCUAAUUUCCUUCCUUGAGAAGAAACUCAGCGUCCCCGCUGGCACCCGCGCAAGGAUCACUAAGUCGCGGGUCGAAGGCGACGCGCUUGUAGUGUCCAUCAAGCCGGAACUGCUGGACAGGAUGCUCAAAAUCAGUGGCUUCAGCUUUGCAGGCGCUCCUUUGACCAUCGAGAAAUAUGAUCAAGCGGAGAGUGCGAUGCUCGAUCAAUUGCCUGUAAAUGGCAGUACGCCUUCUGCGGCCGACACGAAGGCUAAGAUGACUGCGUUCCUCGCCAAGCGUUUCAAUCGAGAAAACAAGUUGCUCGACCUUUCGGAUCUUCACAACGAUCCGGACCUCAUUGCCAUGGGAAUUUUCCAAAGCACAUCGACUGAAUCGAAAUUCUUCCCCGCGCUGAUGAAGGUUUGGGAGCUGAACCUCAGCCUGGUUUUCGACAGCCCUGCCGCGCGACGUCAGGCGGUAGAGAGCGUUAGUCUGAGGAACAACAAGCUUGCAAAUCUCAAGACGGUCACUACCUUGGCACAAACGUUUCCAGACCUGAAAAACCUCGACCUUUCGAUGAACGACUUCAAAGACGCACAGUCUUUGCUGGCAUGGCGCCACAAAUUCGAGAAUCUCGAGCUCCUCGACCUUUCCAAUACUCCUUUCAGUGCCGACCCUACAUUCAAGGAUACUAUGCUCAAGUGGUACCUCAAACUCCGGAUCCUCAACGGUAUCGAGGUUCGGACCGCGGAAGAGUUGGCGGCGCUGAAAAAGUCGCCGAUCCCCGUGCAGGCACCGUAUUUCCGGGAUGAGGGAUGCAUCGCCGAAAACUUCAUCAGGGCUUUCUUCUCCAGUUACGAUAACGACCGGAACGGUCUGCUCGAUAGCGUGUAUGACAGCGAAUCCACUUUUACUCUCAACAUCAACACUGCUGCUCCCAGAGCCCAUCAAGCCGACGUUGCGGCCUGGGAUGCGUACAUCAAGAAUAGCAGGAAUUUGCUUAGAAUCACGCAUUUGACCGCGAGGAUGUCUCGGACGCAUACCGGUACGGAGAAAAUCCGCAAGUUAUGGAACGGUCUUCCUGCCACAAGGCAUCCGGACAUCGCGGCGCACCCUCAGGAUUGGCUGAUUGAGUGCUAUCCAAUCCCCGGACUGCUUGAUCCAACCGGCCAGAGUCCCACUGGUGUUGGUGGCCUUCUGAUUACCGUCCACGGCAGGUACGACGAGAUCGGCAAGGGAUCUAAGAUCGAUACGCGGAGCUUUGACAGAACCUUCGUACUGGGACCUGGCGGUGGUGCAGGUGGAGUAAGGGUCAUUAAUGACAUUCUGUGCUGUCGCGCUUAUGGUGGCAAUGAAGCCUGGCUUCCGGAGGUUGAUGGAGCUGGACAGGAAGCAGCCCAACAAACGACUACUUCGCAACCUACUAGUCAGGUAGCUACUCCUCAGCAGGUUGCGGGGCCACCGGCCACUCCGGAAGGGUACGGCAUGCCUGCACCUGGGAAGAGUGAAACUCAAUUGCAACAAGAGCGAUUGGUGCUCCAAGUGAUGAGCCAGACUGGAAUGACUUUGCAGUAUUCAGAAUUGGCUAUCAGCGGAAAUGGUUGGGAUUUGGAGAAAGCAUUACAGGACUUCGUCAAGCUUAAGGGGACAUUGCCCCCGGAAGCUUUUCUAGCCGCAAGUGCCUGAUAUGAAGCUAUUCGGCAUUACCAAAAUCUUUCACAAUCAGUAGAACAGCCGAUUCUUUUGAAAUUUUGCUAGACUUUGAUGGUGUUUGGAGUUACAAUUCGCUUCACUAUUUCUGCAUUUCCGGGCGAAUGGCAAUCAAGCUGAAUACUCAAAUCUUGAAACUAUAU